AUGAAACUCCCGCCUAUAGCAACCGCAUGUCUUCUCGCGCUCGGCAUUGAUUGCUGUUCUAACGUCAUUGCGCAACGCCUCAAGGCUUGGAAGAACGAUGUCCCAUUCGUCUUCGACCACGUCCUUUUUAUCCAGUUCGCUAUCAUGGUGUGCAUUACCGCACCCAUCAACUUCCACUGGCAAGCCUGGCUAGAAAGAGCCUUUCCGGGGUGGAAGGUAGUGAAGCUGAAGGUCGACGAUACAACUCUGGAUGCGGAAGAGAAGGGGGUUUUCCUGCGGGGAGAAGGGACGCACAUGCAGAGGGAGGAGGAAGUUAGGGUAAGGAACUGGUGGAACAUCUUCAAAAAGUGGUUUACCGACUGCAUCACUAUGGGAGCUCUGCUCAACACUACCAUGUUCCUGGUCAUCAUGGGUUUUAUGAAGGGCAAAACUUCGGCACAAAUUGGGGCGGAUAUGAAGAAUGAGACGCUCAAAAUCAUCUUCGACUCCUACAAAGUCUGGCCCAUCGCUAACUUUUUCUCCACAACAUACUGUCCCGUGGAGAAGCGCAUCGUCUUCCUCAGCUGCUGCGGAUUGUUUUGGAACAUCUACUUGAGUUUGGUGGCAGCACGUCUAUAA